AUGGAUGACGAGCAAGAGAGGUUGCUGCCAAUUGCAAACGUGGGUCGGAUAAUGAAGCAAAUUCUUCCCGCAACUGCAAAGAUUUCCAAGAAAGCCAAGCAAACCUUGCAAGAGUGUUCGACAGAGUUUAUUAGUUUUGUCACAGCCGAGGCAUCCGACAAGUGUCACAAGGAGAAUCGCAAGACUGUGAAUGGGGAUGAUAUCUGUUGGGCUCUGAGUACUCUAGGGUUUGAUAACUAUUCUGAGGCCAUGGUGCGGUACUUAAAUAAAUACAGGGAGGCUGAAAGGCAGAAACCAGACCUAAACAAAGCUGGCAGCAGUAAUCCUGAUCAAGACAAGCAGCAGCUUGAAGAAUCAAACAACGGAAAUGACCAACUUGGGAAGCAAAAUAAUGAAGAUCCAAGCUCUUAA